AUGUUUGCAAUAGCUAUCGCAACGCCUGCAUACCAAACAAAGGCUCAUGGUGCGACAGAUUCGUUAUGGAAAGUAAAUGCUGCUUGGGUAUAUGUUUUUGUGCGCUUCCGCGUUGAUAACGGCAACGUUCGGAUGGCUCAACUGAAUGGAUUGCGUAAGAAUGGCCGUCUUUCUGAAGUGGACUAUGCCGCGCUUACGUUCUUUGAAGAGGGCACGGGGCCUUGUAUCGAUAACCAGCCCGCAAUCAGGGAUGGAUACGAAAACGAGAUCGUGGAUGCCGUGUACCAGGCAAAGUCCCGUGUGCUGAACAAGACGAUUCAAGAGAUUGGUAUGGGUAUGUACCAUAAACAACUCUUUGUCUGCGCAGGUUUCGGUUGGUUUGCGUUCGUCGCUAGAGCGUGAUGAGCUGCAGAUCCUGACCACCUAACCCGAACGUUCAGCGGUAAUGUCUAGCCGCUUGCCACUGCUCUCAUUCUGACACAGACUAUCGCAGAGUUCAACUUUAACGGCCCUUACCUUAUUUUGGCUGCCAACGUUGGAUUCCUAGUGGGUCCUGCCAUAUGGAGUGUGGGAUGUGAUACAUGGGGAAGAAAGUAUGGUGUUCGAAUGUGUCAUAUUCGUCGUCAUACUGACAUGGAGCAAUGGAUGGUCAUUCAAUCUCACUCUUCUCAUCGCCGGGGUAUUCGGAAUCGCGGCUGGUGGUUCGCCUAA